AUGUCUGUCACUACCGAUCUCAAAUACCCCGCCGAGUUUGGAUCGGUGCGCCUCUCGGCCAGGUCGACCAAGUCCCUCGUCUCGCUUGAUGAUGAGAAACCAGCUGCAGCAUCGGCAUCUGGUUGGCGCUUCCAUGCAGCCUUCAGCUGCCUUUGCGUCGUGAACCUCGUCUCCGCCCUGGAUGCCUCCUCCCUAUCGGUUGCCCUUCCCACCAUCGCAGAAGAGCUGCACGGCUCUGGUGUUGAGGCUUUCUGGAGCGGCACGUCUUUCCUCCUCGCGUCAACCGUCUUCCAGCCCAGCUUCGCUUCAUUCUCCGAAGUGUUUGGGCGCAAGCCGAUGCUGCUGAUUGCCCUCGCCCUCUUCACUGCGGGCGCCAUCAUCGCAGCCGUCGCACAGGACUUUGCUGUUCUCUUAAUAGGACGCACAGUUCAAGGCAUCGGCGGUGGUGGUAUCCAGGCGCUGUCCAACGUCAUCAUCACUGACCUGGCUCCGCUCAAGGAGCGCGGCAAAUACGUCGGCAUCAUCGCCAUGACCUGGGCAGUCGGCAGCGUAGCCGGUCCCGUCAUCGGCGGUGUGCUGGUCGAGAAGUCUUCCUGGAGAUGGAUCUUCUGGCUCAACAUCCCCUUCUGCGCCGUCGCCUUCAUCAUGAUCCCCAUCUUCCUCAACCUCGCCCACAAAGGCGGCAAUCUCGGCGACAAGCUCCGCAAGAUCGACUGGGUCGGCUCCUUCCUCUUCGUCGCGUCCACGACGUCGGUCCUCAUUCCCAUCACCUGGGGCGGCACCAUGUACGCGUGGACCCACUGGCGCACCCUCACCCCCCUCUGCGUCGGUGUCCUCGGCCUCGUCCUCUUCCUCCUCUGGUCGUCCUACGUCGCCAGCCACCCCAUCCUGCCCGGCUCGCUCUUCGCCUCGCGCACCUCGCUCGUCACCUACCUCUCCUUCGUCAUCCACGGCAUGGUGCAAUGGGGCAUCCUCUUCUACAUGCCGCUCUACUUCGAGGGCGCCAAGAACCUCUCCCCCAUCGGCGCCGGCGUCGCCCUCUUCCCCUGGACCUUCACCGUCGCCCCCGCCGCCGUCAUCGUCGGCUUCCUCAUCGCGCGCAUGGGCCGGUACCGGUGGGCGCUGUGGUCGGGCUGGGUGUGCGUGUGCGCCGGCAUGGGCCUGCUCAUCAUCUACGAGGCCGACACCCCGACCAAGAUCUGGGUGCCGCUCGCGCUCGUCAGCGGCCUCGGCCUCGGCAUCCUGUACCCCUCGCAGAGCCUGUGCAACCAGGCCGCCGCCCCCGCCGCCGAGGUCGGCAUCGCCUCCGCCCUCAGCGCCUUCUUCCGCAACUACGGCCAGAUGCUGGGCGUCGCCGUCGGCGGCACCGUCGUGCAGAACGCCAUGCGCGACAAGCUCGAGGACUCGGGCAACGCCUAUCUCGUCGCGCACGCGGGCUCCAUCAGCAAGGAUGUGAGUGCGCUGGUGGAGACGAUCAAGGCGAUGCGGGAGAGCACGGAUGCGGUGCAGAUUGCGCUGAGGGACGAGUUGGUGACGGCGUAUUGCGGGUCGUUGAGGACUCUGUGGAUCUUUAUGACGGCGUUGGCUGGCGUGGCGUUGGUGUGCAGUGUUGUUUUUACCAAGGCGUAUUCGCUGGACAGAGAUUUGGAGACGACGCAGGGGUUUGUGGCGCAGGAGAAGGCGGUGGAAUUGGAUGAUCUGGCGUAG